CAAGUGUGUCAGAUGAUGAUGACAGCGCGUCUCUGGAAUCUCGACACAAACCUUCCAGUUGGACGACCACUCCAGCACGAAGGGUGUGUGUCAUGCGCGGGCCCUUUCCGCUGAUGGAAAAGUGCUAGUCACUGGCAGUGACAAAAAUGUAUACGCAUGGGAUGUUCAGGCUAUGCUCAAAAAUGCCAGCCUUGAAGACCUUCUCCUACCUAUUCCUCGUGUCCUAGCUCGAAAGCAGCCAAUGAACAAUAAUGCCACGCGACGUCCACCUAUUCAUGCCCGUCGAAUACCACCAAGGUUUUUCGAUGACAUGCAAGGCGAUAUUCAUUCUUCCACAUCGCGCGAUGUCCAUCCCCCUUCCUCCCAUCGCAUUCUUGCACCCUCUAUAGGGAGUCCACGCGCAUUCCUCGCUCGCAUUCCGUCGCUCUUUCAACGCUCUCACUUUCACACCAGCGAUGCGACUGAACUCCAACAAACCCCGAGGCAAGGGAUCUUCUCUCGUCGCGGUCGUACAGUCAAAGUCGCUGCAGUACGAGACAGAAAGUCCUUGUUUGUUGCUCCGAGGCGUAAAGAAAUGCAGCAGCAGAGCAGCCAAUCGCAUGGCCAAGGGUCGUCAUCGCAAUCUCAGGCUGCUUCUACUUCGACAUCCACAACACAACCUGCUCGAAAUACCCAAGCUACCACACCAGGUGUACCAACUGCACGGUCACGACUCCUCACGUUGUUGGCUCGUCUCGUGCUUUUGAUUUGUUGUGCACCUCUCCCAAGCACCGAUAGUCAUUAAUACUGCAGUAUACGGAAAACUAUUUACUUUGUAUCUCUACUUCUUUCGCUACUCCGUCAAUAGUA